AUGAAAGAAAGCAUUAAUGGAUGGAGCCGAGAAAAGCGUGAGAAAGCAUCCAAUCAUGGCAAAAUGCAUGAGCCUCAUCAGAAGUUGUCGGCAACAACCAUGCAAGCAUUAAGCAUGGAUGAAAUUGAAAUCCCUGCCCAUUUCCUCUGCCCCAUUUCCCUCCAACUCAUGAGAGACCCUGUCACUGUUUGCACUGGAAUCACUUAUGAUAGAGAGAACAUUGAGAAAUGGUUGUUUUCAUGCAAGAACAAUACAUGCCCCGUUACCAAGCUGUGCCUAUUGGACCAUGAUCUCACGCCAAAUCACACUCUACGCAGGUUGAUUCAAUCUUGGUGCACCCUCAAUGCCUCACUUGGAGUUGAACGCAUUCCAACUCCGAAGUCACCAGUAGACAGAACUCAGAUUGUGAAACUCCUCACAGAAGCAAAGAGGUUCCCAGAGAAGCAACUCAAAUGCCUCACAAGGCUUCGAUCUAUUGCCUUUGAGGGUCAAAGGAACAAAACCUGUUUAGAGUCUGCAGGAGUGGUAGAAUUCUUAGCCUCAACCAUGAAGCACAACACAGAAGAAAACUCAACUGUUCUCAGUGAAGCAGCUAUUGAAGUCUUAUUCCACCUCAACCUUUCUGAGUCUCAGCUUAAAGCUCUCAUAUAUAACGAGGGGUUUCAGUUUAUUGAGUCAUUGUUUCAGGUGUUGAGGCUUGGAAACUACCAAUCUAGAGCUUAUGCAACCAUGCUACUUAGAUCAGCAUUGGAGGUGGCUGAUCCUAUCCAAUUGAUCAGUGUCAAAACAGUGUUGUUUGUGCAAAUCUUGCGCGUGUUGCGUGAUCAGAUUUCACAACAGGCUUCAAAGGCUGCAUUGAAGCUGAUUGUGGAGCUCUUUCCGUGGGGCAGAAACAGGAUCAAAGGGGUUGAGGGUGGUGCAGUUUCCGUCCUCAUUGAGCUACUUAUUGGUGCAUCGGAAAGAAGAACAUGUGAACUCAUUUUAAUAGCUUUGGAUCAACUUUGUGGGUGUGCAGAAGGGCGUGCAGAGUUGUUGAACCAUGCUGCAGGAGUGGCCAUUGUAUCCAAGAAAAUUCUAAGGGUCUCUCACGUGGCAAGUGAUAGAGGUGUUAGAAUUUUGACCUCCAUUUGUAGGUAUUCGGCCAAUUCUAGAGUCCUUCAAGAAAUGUUGCAGGUUGGGGCUGUGUCCAAGUUGUGUUUGGUGCUUCAAGUGAAUUGCGGUUUCAAGACUAAAGAGAGGGCCAAGGAGAUACUCAAAUUGCACUCCUCAGUUUGGAAGAAUUCUCCAUGUAUUCCUGUACCUUUGUUAUCUUCCUAUCCUUGA